GUCACCGCCAGCUUCUCUUCUUCAUCGUCUUCCAUCACUUUCCACCCACCAGCAAACAACCUCCACUCAGUUUUCGUACAACCUUCCUAUCUAUUCUCCCCGAACAUCGCAUGAGCGUGCAGAAUCUUAACACUUUCGACCCCUUCGCAGACGAGGGAGACCCGCUCGGAGCUGGCGCAGACGUUGGAACACAGCAGAACUACAUUCACGUCCGUAUCCAGCAGCGAAACGGACGGAAGACGUUGACAACGUUGCAGGGAUUGCCGAAAGAGUACGAUGCUAAGAAACUCUUGAAGGCUUUCAAGAAGGAAUUUGCUUGCAACGGCACUCUCGUUGAGGAUGAGGAGGCCGGUCAGGUCAUUCAGCUCCAAGGUGACCAACGUCUGAAGAUUUCCAACUUCCUCGUCGAGGAGGGCGUAUCCAGGACCACCGUCAAAAUCCACGGAUUCUGA